CACACAUCAGCCCGGACACAGGACCGGCCGCAGUUCCUUCACCCAGCUCGCGAAAUGGACCCAGCCACAGAUUGCCCUCAGUUCCAAGUCUCCGAAGUCAUGAAACUGGCAGAGAAACUGAGGAAAACGAAAGUGGCAGCAGCAAGCAGUUUCCCCGGUCGAAGCCUCUUUGGCACGACGCUGGACAGUCAAGGUUUGGACAAAGAGGUACCAGAGGGACACAGUCCUGAUGCGUCCGAAUGUCGUUGUCAACCCGAGCCUCCGUUGGUGCAAGGGACAGAGAGAGACUGCAGGACGCAGCCAGUCCACACCCCCAAGUCUGGCCAACUGUGCCACGACCUUGUGAGGAGCCCAAGCUCGAAGGCGGGCUCUGCCGGGGACGGGACGGCCACCCCGUGCGGCGGCUUGGCCAAGGAAGGGGCUUCCCCUUUCCCCCCGAAGAAGUCGCCCAAAUCGCAGACCGGCAGCCCUGUCAGAAACCUCGAGGGGAGCGCGACGUCCAUGCAAGGGGAGCAGCCCGGCUCCCGAUCGCCGAUGUGUGAGACUCCAGGCAGGCCGCCCUCUCGGGACCUGCAAUGUCUAAUCCCGAGAAACAUCGAGCACAAGUUCAGGACCCACAUUGUGAAUGAGGUCCUAUCGGACAAAAAGGUUAGUGAAAAGACCUGUUUAGCUGACAUGGAUGUGGAGAGGAUGUUUUUCCACCAGCGGGGAGAGUGCAAGGUUAAGGAGUUCUUGUAUAACAAAGAACAUCCUGCAGGAAUGCUGGAUGCCAAGGACACCACAGUGAACGCAGCAGAGAACAUCAUGGAUGAGGCAAACAUGUAUGAACAAAUUGGCUUUCCCCUGCGAUGUAACAUCUUCCCAGGUACUGCCCAUUCUAACUAA